CGCGCACAGGCAACGGCAGUGUGGGGCCACCCCGCGAGCGUGACUGUCGCGCCCCACGCACCCACCCUCCGCGUCUGCCGCAGGGUCCAAAAGGGAUCCCGCAAAAAUGAGCCAUUCUCACCCCGCUGGCAGAGUGACAGUCAGAUGGAGAGAAGCCACAGGGAGCAACCAGAAGCUGGAAGUCAAUGGAACCUGCAAGAGAUAGGAGGAAAUGCCUAACUGCAUUGCCACAUGAUGGAAAAGCCAAAGAACCCCAAAGAUUGACAGCUGGCCAGAAGAUACCAACCCAAGGAGGAAGCAAAUCUUCUAGCUCUUGAAACCAUGAGCCAGUGAAGUCCUGUUAUUAAGCCAACCCAACGGAUGAUUACUUGCAGCAUAUAACAGCCUUAUGGAUAAACACCUGGCUGGAUAUUUUAACAAUACAAGGAUAAGGCGGCAUCUCUUAAGAUCAGGGCUGAUCACAAGAAGUGGAAGAAUACUAUCUGAAAAAGAAUACAAGCUAAAUAUCAUGAAGCAGGAUCACCAAAAAUAUAUCCGGGAGUGCUUAGCCCAGGCUAUCUUCCAUAAGGUUCUCGACAUGGAGCGUUACCACCAGCUUGAAAUAAAAAAGAAACUGGAGACCUUAGCUAAGAAAGAGCAAAUUCAGAGGUUUAAGGGGGAGCACACGAGACGGUUUAUAGAAAAAAACAUGCCAGUCCUAUCUCCCCGCCCACCAGUUGGCCCAAAGAGUAAUCAUGGCCAUGGUGUUCUGGUUGAUGAAGGACGUUCCAGUCCAUUACUACUGACAGUCCCUCGACCAUCUACUGCCCCAGGAAAUAUGCAGCCUCCAAUUCGAUUGCAGCCUCUUUCCAGUAACCCUGCAGUAGGAACUAUUCCUAAGAUAACUUCAGGGUCCAGAUCCAAAACCUCGUUGCUGGAAAAUGGAGCUCCAUUUCCCACUGGGGGCAAGAAGGCAGCGAUGAAGUUCAGGAGCUCCACGGACAAUUCACAGGGAACGAAUACAUAUCUACUUCCAAACAUUAACAAUUAUCUGAUGCCUAGCCCUCCUCCACCUCUUCCCCCAAAUGCAAAAAUCACAAGGGAAAAUAGAGUUGAAUCAUGGAGAAGGAGAAGAUUUUGUCCUAUCACUGCUCCAAAUGGCUUAGAACCUCUCUUUACCAGGGAUUCAAGGAGGAUUCAUAAAACAUCACUGCAUAGUAAUGCAGCUAUUACAAUGAUCUAUUUAGGGAAAAGUGUGCACCUAUCUCAUGAUAACUCAGACUUCCGGGAUGAAAUAAAAGUUUAUCAACAGCACUGUGGUGGGGAAAACCUCUGUGUCUACAAAGGCAAAUUACUUGAAAAAGAGACCUUUCAGUUUAUCUCCAAAAGGCACCAUGGUUUCCCCUUCAGUCUCACCUUUUUCCUGAAUGGCAUACAGGUGAACAGGUUAAGCUCCUGCUGUGAAUAUAAACAUCGGAAAGGUUCCAGACUUGGAGGCAAACGUGGCUACUUUGGUUUUGUGUGUGUCGAGAAAUCAUCACCCUGCUACAAGUGCAUUAUUGCAAUGGGGCUUGACAAAAAAACAUCUUCACAAAAAACUAGGAAAGAGAAGAAUGCUGAGCAAAGAGAGGAACUGAAGAAGACUGAGGAGAAACUGAGGAAGGAUAAAGAGUACAUGGUACAGAGAAGGAAUGCGCUCGAGGGGAACAAAACCUUUCCCUCAGCCAUUUUUUCAGUUCAAAGAGAAAAAAAUGGCAUCAGAGAAGUGAGAACUGCUAUAGAAGAAAUGAAACAUAAAGGAAAACUAGGAGAAGACAUUUGGGAAGACGACCAGGACGUUACAUUUAAAUAUGAAUAUGAAGAAGAUUUUGAAGUAGAUGAGGAGAAACAAUAUGAGAACACUAAUGAAGAAGGACAGGCUGAUGAUCAAAUGAAUGGAAUGUCAAAGUCACCCUCAGAUGAUGAAAGAGAUAAUUUAGACCCUGUAAAGGAGAGUGAAACCUCAUCACAGAAGGCACCAGAUGCUGAUGACAACGUGAAAGAUGAAGGUGAUGGAUGCUCCGACAGUGAAUUGGAAGAUGAUAAACAAGAUAGAAAAACUUCUUCAUCAACCUCAUCUAGAAGUCACCCAUAUUCUAGUUGCAGUGAAGAUGAAUCUACAGUGAAGGGUGGAGAAACCCACACAGAAAAUAAUCCAGACGAAAGAGCCAGAAGCUCCUUUUCUCCAGAGCUGAGUGAAAAUGAUGAGCCAGGAAAAUCCCACUUUCCAAUUGUGGAAUCCCUGCAAAUUGGAACUGAAGACCAAAAAACAAUAACAGCAGAUAUGGAGACAAAGCUUGUGCCAAUAGAGGAAAACUUAGAGAAUGUUCUUGAAGAAGAAAUGAGAAAAGGAACCCAAGUGAUUGGAGAGGGCAUAUCUGAGAAUUCCAGUGAGCAUGUUUCUGAGGAAGAAAAGGAAAAGCAUAAGAAUAAGCUUUGGGAAGGAAGCACUGCUAAGGCACAGGGCAGGAAGUCAGGUCUCUCUAGGGUGGAGAAAGGAGAUGUUGGACAGAUAAUAGCUGGAGCCUUGGAACCUGGCUCCCACUGCCAUUCUGAUGCUAAUCCUGGUGUUAGCAGCACAGAUAAUGGGGGGAAGCAUUUGAGGAGGCCAGAGAUUGACACAGGUGGAGCACUGGAUGAGAAUUUUGUGGUGGAGGAAAGGGUGGCACCCAAUUCAAACAAGGAAUCCCAGCGAGUUGCACCAGAAAUGCUUAUGCUGGAGAAGAAAGGUGCAAUCAAGGAAGACAAAGUUCCCCAGCCCAUGAAUGCUGACACAAUGGAAGAAAAGGGAAAUGCAGCAUCAUGGGGAAAAGCAGGGAUUAAUGAGGUUCCCCUAAGGGAGUGGAAGCCAACAGCAGUGCAGCCAGCCUUAGGACAAGAACCGCUUACAGAGGAAAGAGAAGUCCCUCAGGACAUCCUGAGUGGGGCAGGAGAAGCAGCAGAAGGAGACGGAAGGCUGGGUAAAGUAGAGUUAAACCCCCUGGGAAAGGAAGCAGCAAGGCACUCUGCUGGUCUGAAUGAUGAUGGGGCCCCUGAAAAGCAGGCCUUCAUGCAAACAGUGUUUGAGACAGAGAAGGCAGUUUCUAAAGGGGAACAGGAUUGGGAGAAGGUAGAGCUAGCCCGCAAGGCAGCAGCUCUGAACUCAGAGCCUGUUCCAGAGACAGUAGCUCUGGAAGAGGCAGCAAUGCCAGAGAAGGAAAAGGCUGAGAGAGAGGUGGCUGUGAGUGAGACAGGGUCUGAAAAGCCAGAUGUGAAAGAAAGAGAAGAGGAAAUAUCCACAGAUCUGGAGGACUUAGGGCCUGUGGAAAAAGAAGCAUCCAAGAGAGAGGAUGGUUCAGAAGUGGCAAUACUUGGGGAAGAGAAACCAGCCAAAGAGAGCAAGGAAGUGAUGGAAACAGAAACAACUUUGAGUGCCUCAUCUUCUGAGGUAACUCAUGUGGGGGUUUCUGAGGGCAGCACUGAAGAACUUUGUAGGGAAGAUGCUGAACGAGAGAAGUUUGUGACUGGGGCAGUAUCUAAUAAGGAAGAUGAUAGGGAAGAAAUGUUAUCUGAGGAAUUAGAUAUGGCAAGAGAGAGGAAGAAAGCUGAGCGGCCAAAUACACCCCUGAGGGAAACCAAAUCUGAGAGAGAAGAGGUGACAAAGGCAAAUACAUCCAAGGAUGAAGAUGGUUUAGAAGAAGAGAAGAAGUUUAAAGAGGAAGAGGGGGAAACAGUGAAGAAUGUAGGAUCCAAGGAAGAGACAAAAGCCCCAAGAAAGGACACAGAAUCUGAUGCUGAGGGUGAAGCACCCCCAGAGGCAUCUGAAUUGACUGAAGAUGGAGGGCAACAAAGAGAAGAUUCACUAAAAGAAAGAGGGGUUACUGUGUUUGACGCAGCCCCUGGAUUUGAAAAGUCACUGGAAAACAUCACAGCUCUGAGGAAAGAAGGAGAGGAAAGACUCGUAGAAGCCAGAGGCCCAGAAAACAAAGGCAGCGGAGAGCAUCUCCUCAGUGAGAGUGUGGCUUCCACAGAGGAUGAGGGUCCACCGCAGGACAUAGCAGGUGUGUUAGGGGCUCCCCAGAGUGAGCUGUCAGGGAAGGCACAGGCACCUGAAGUGACAAUCACGGCCACAGGUGAGGCUGCGGUGUGUGCAAGCGAAGAUCGAGACUUCCUUGCAGGACCAAGAGGGAGGAAUAGAGAAGGGCCUUUCCAGGGGCCAGAAGAAGUGGGGGUCAUGAUGAUUUCCCAGGGAGAUUUCAUGAUGCCAGAAAUGUUCAGACGGGAAGCAAUGGCUAAAGACACAGAGGAGGAGGAAGAGAAAGAAAGCAGUCUGAGGAAAGAAGUAGUGAAGAACGGGAACACAGACGGGGGCGAGAGCGUGAGAGAAGGGAUGGUUGUUGCCGACGAAGAUCCGUGCCAAGGAGAAGGAGGAAUGGCAGAAACAGCCACAGAGAAGAGGGAGGUGUUGGCAGAAUUGAAGACAGAUGAGGGGAAAACAGUAGAAAAUAAAGCUUCCUCCUUUUCAGAUGUUGCCGGGAAGGAAACUUGGCAUAAUGUGGAUGAGUUACUAGAAAAAACAGCAGCUGAGGAGACGGUGGCAGGAGAGGAAAUAGAGCUAAGCAGGGAGGAGGUGCCCUUGGUAGAUGAGGUGACAGUGACAUCAACACCAGGGGCUGGGCUGGGAGAUCUGCAAGAACCUUUAGAUCAGGAAAGGGAGGCCCCACAGGUAGGACGUGAUCAAGCGGGAGGGGAACUUGAAGUCACCGAGGGUGCAGGGUCAGAGGGAGAGGAGUCAGGAGCAGCUGGAGCCUUCAGACUGAGAUUAUCACCAGAAAGUCAGUCAGAACUGAGCAGGAAAUGUCUACAGUCUGUGCAAGCACUUCCCACGAAGCCCGAUUCCACCGAAACCCAAGAGAAGCAAGUGCAAAGAGAAAGUGAGAAGGCAGAUGUUUCAGUGAACAACACAAAGGCCUGAGAGACUUGGUGGCAGAUGGUGAGUUUAUCUCAUCUGUUUUCAGUACUGAAUAGAAACCCCACUCUUGGUCUCCUCCCCUUUGGGCUGGCUCGUCCCCUCCUGCAUCCCUGCAUCCAGGUACACACAUAGGGUUCAGGUCCAUACUGCUCAGCCCUGCGCCAGGCAGGACAGGGGCUGGGGAAGAUGGAAGUGAGCCCAACUCACAUACGGGGACCCACUUCUAGUUGCUUUGUAAGUGCAGCUGCCUGAAGUAGUAAAUCUGCAUCCCCCUUACAAGCCCCAAAGAUGAAAUAUGGAGGAGAAAGGGGUACCUUCUCUCUUUGACAUAUCACAGAAAUAAAGAAUCAAACUAUUUCAGAAUUCAUUUCCCCUUGAGUGUUUAAAAGGAUGGAUUGGAGGUUGACUGUCUUUAUUUGCCAUUAAAUGUGUUCUAUACCUUCAUUUCUGCAUAUACAAAAUUGAAAAGCUUUCCACUUUUAUAUAAUAUUGAACAGUGGGACUAAAUGUCAAAAUGAUUUUUGUCAUAUCCUGGGAUUUCCUUUGAUACCCUCAUAUCCUUAGUGUCCAGUAACUACUGUCCUGAGUAGUUAUAUUCAUGGCACUACUAUCCUUUUUAGUGCUUUUCAGGACAUUUUAAAGAUGUCUUCAGGAAGACAUGACGAGUGGGAAAAGUUUCACCCAAGCAUAUCUCCAGGAUUUUAUCUUUUUGUUUGUUUGUUCUUAAAUCACCAGGCUUUUCUGAACUGUUUCUCAAUGUGUCAGUGCUGGUGAGUAGCACAGUAAGUACCAUGAAAAUAGCUGAAGUAGAUCUGCAGGAUACUCCUUACGGACAGGGGUUCCUGAUGGAGAACUGUGAAGCUGUUACAGGUUCCACAGCCGAGCUCUCCAUAUUCAAAUCAAAACAAAAGUUUUCAAAUGUUUGACUUUCACCAAAGUUCCACCAGAAAGUCGCAGUCCUGACAUCUAGGGUUUGUUUAAUUUCUUUUUAUUUUACAAUCAAAUAUUAGCCCCAGUUUCAUACAUGGGAGUUUUACUUAAAAUCUGUGACUUGGGCUUUAAUGACCUAGAAUGUUAUAAGGAGUUCUAAAGUUGCUGGCAUGUACAAUUACUAGAAGAUGCACCAGAUCUGUAAGUCCUUCCAGAAAAAGAUUCCAAGGCAUGUAUCUUGACUUAUACUUAGAAAUAGCCAUCCUUUCUAUUUAUGCCAGCAGAUUAGUUUAACGUAGAAUUAUUGUUUCAGAAUGCCCUUUGUUUUGCGUGUGUGUUUUUGUAGUUCUGCUUUCUGGGGUAGACUAGUGAAACUAGAGUAGCUUGCAUUAUUUUUUCUUUGGGGCCUUAUUUAUAGGGACACUCAAAUUUAAACCAAAGUAGUCAACAAUUUAGCGAAGUAAAAUGAAUAUAAUUAUUAUAGCAGGUAAACAUAGCACAUAUAUGUCAACACUCUUGACUCUAGACUUUUGGUCGAUAUUACUCAAAGGGAAAGAAACUUGGAUUAAAUUAGUGUGCUACUCACCUUCCAGAAUUCUGCUAUUCCAAACCUGUGAACUAACCUUGCAGUACAUUGUAAAUCAACAGGACACUUUCUAUGUUACCUAGAUAUUAUUUCUCAGUUGUGUAUCAGUAUGUCUCAUAGGGAUUUUUAUUGCCUUGAAGACAUUACUUUACCAGGGAAAGGGCACCUAUGUUUGGCCAUCUUUUCUGUAUGUGAGGAGGUUAAAGAGUAUUUCCUAAAGCUGUGCUUCUCUGGCCAGACUACAUUAGAAUUUCAUGGGAUACUUUCUAAAUGAUUCAUGACUCAAUCCCUGGCCUCACCCCCAGAGACUCAAAUUUUAAUUAGUUUUAAAUUGGUCUGGGCCAAGUUUUUUUUGUUGUUGUUUUUAAACUCUUCAGUUAAUUCUACUAUGUAACCUAUGUUGAGAUCUGCUGUUCGAAAUCAUCAUACAAUCCGUGCUGGCUGCCAUGUACUCUUUAGGGACCAGGGAUGCUAUCUUUAUAGGUGUUUUCCAUUUUAAUAAGUAAUGGAGUCAGUCUCUGAUUAAAAAAAUGUACUGUAUCAGUGGAUCUCAAAAUGUGGUCCCUGACUAGGGAAAUCAGCCUUGCCAGAAAAUUAUUCAAUAGCAAAUUCCUGCCUUCACCCCACACCUACUAAAUUAGAACAUCUGAAGGUGAGAGUGCACCAAUUGAUAUGUAAACAAGCCUCCCAGGUGAUUCUGAUGUACACUGAAGUCUGAAAACUGGUAUGGACUAUUGACUAUACUGAAGAAUAAUCUCAGUUGGAAAACAUUGCACAUGUGUGUGAACUUUCUCGCCAUCUCUUUUUUGCUGUCUCUGUCUCUGUCUCUUUCCUUUCUCUAGAAAUGGUACUAUACAAGUGGUUAAUUCAACGUUAAACUCAUUUUUGUGAUGACUGUAGUGAUGUGUAUAUGAAACCCCUCUCCCCUACCCCCUAAGGAAGGAUGAGCCUUACCGACUGCACUGUCACAGAUUUCUAUUGUCUGUAUUACGUUUAAUGAGGAGAUGUCAUCUACCUUAUAUCCAACUUCAGGUAUUACUGAGAUGCAUUAUUGUGGAGCUCUACAGUAUGUGUGCCCUGAUCUCAAACUCAGUGCUAAUAGCACCUUAUGGGAAAGAUUGUAAAGUUGUGCAUUCCAUUGAAAAAUGAGUUUUGUACAAUGUGCUAAAUGGAAAUUGCAUUGGAUUAUUUUUAUAUUUAACACAUUCCAUCAAAACAUUCUGUAACUUAAUUCUACAAUCUGCAUGUGGGUUUAACUGUGAAAUUCAGUAGUGUGAUAUUUUUGAUUAAGUGAAUUCUUUCUCUGCAACUACUAUGUUGAUAAUAUUAUUUGCAUGCUCAACUGAACUGAUUGUUCCUAGUUUCGUUAUUUAAAACAUAAAUAAAUCAUAUGAUUCCAGAUAAAACAUGUGAAUGGCUCUUUAUAAAUAAGACUAGACUUUUAAAAUCUUCUUUGUUCUUCCUAACAAAAUUUCAGCUCCAUAGAACAAAGCAGAGAGAAUGUUUCAUUGAGCUUUAGUUUUGAGUAUACGUGUUUAUACUGACUGUCAGAUAUUGCGUGGAACAUUUUUUGCAUUCAAGCAUGUCUUUCACAUACACAAGAUAAUGU